GAAAUCACAGAAUUUAUGGACUAGUCAGUACAAGAGUCCUUGUUAUCAGAGAGAGGGAUCAUUACGUUGUCUGCCUUAUUUUUUGGUAAUAGGCUUUCCAAAAUGUGGAACAACAGAUUUAUUCGAACGAAUGAAACAUCAUCCAGAAUUUAUACCAUCUAAAAUGAAGGAACUUCAUUGGUUAUCAAGAUAUCGAUUUAUGCCUCUUUUUCGUCGAAAUUCAACACUCCGAUUAGAAAAAUAUUCACCAGACAAGCCUUUUGGCCUUCAUCUCUACACACAAAUGUUUGAUGAGUUAGCUGCCACACUCGAGACUUCUGAUGGCCACUCUCAUGCAAUAUCAGCUGACUUUAGUCCAUCUACAAUUUGGGACAACGAUGUUUAUUCUUACAUUAAUAGUUUUUCUGUGGGCCCAGAAUAUUACACACAGGAUUUUGUGCAUCAGUUAAAUCCAUGCAUGAAACUGAUUAUUAUGAUGAGAGAUCCAGUUCAAAGAUUAUAUUCCGACUAUUUGUUCAUAAAUGGUGCAAACACAGCACAUGACUUCCAUAAAAAAGUUAAACAUGUAGUUAAGCUUUACAAAUCCUGUUUGAAAUUCAAAUCACCACGAGAGUGUUUCCAGGACUUCAAUUUAGCCAGAAAAUCGAAGAUAAGAUUGCGAAUUGGUGCUUAUUUCAUCUUCAUUGAAGAGUGGCUGAAAGUUUUUCCUCGUGAUCAAAUGCAUUUUGUUCGGAUGGAAGAUUAUGCAUCAAAUACAAAGAAAGUUCUUGAAGAUAUUUUCCAUUUCUUAGAUAUGGAAACGGUGUCAGAGGAUGUUAUGAAGCGGAUGUUGCAUCAGAAUCCUUCCAACACAAGACAAAGCAGGGGGAUUUCAUUUGAGCCAAUGUACAAUAAGACACAUAAACUUUUAUCUCAGUUUUACGGUCCGUUCAACCAUAAUUUGUCAAUACUGUUACAAAACAAAGAUUACACCUGGCACUAAACAUAACUCAUGGUUCUAACGAGAGAAUGUUGAAUUUGUUUGUUACGAUUUUAUUAUUUAUUUGACACAAAUGUUUUUAUUUUUAUAUAUAAUAAAGUUACUAUGUUAA